AUGGAAGGAGAGAAACUUAUCAACCCUACAGCGGUCGCCUUCACCAGCAGCGUGCCGGUGCGGCUCGACAUGCGCACGCACCUCUUCCGCAACGGCUCGUUCGACGAGUGCCUGCCGUUCCUCCUGCGCGGCCGCGUCUCCGACGAACAGUUCGGGGCCACCAUGCACGGACUCAACCAGACCCUCACCGCGUCGUCGGGCCUCCGCACGGGCAUGUGGCUCGGCGUGCUGGGCACCUGGGCCACCGUGCUCGCCCUCGUCUUCAGCCUCUACGUGUGGGACCUUUUCGAGUGGGUGUUCGUCUGCAACGGCGUCCUGGUAUUCUUUGCCCUGGUCACCAUCAUCUGCGCCGUGGCCUACGUCGUCCAGCUGAGGCGGCGGGUAGACCAGUACCUGGCCGAGGCCAACCUGUUCUACAACCCGCAGGGUGUCAACUUCCGCAUGGAGAGGUACUACCGCCGCUGGUCGCUCGUCAUCGACAUCCUGCCCCAGCAGUCCAGCUCCGCCGACUACCAGCCUCAGCAGCAGCCGCCGCCGGUCUACUACUACCACCCUGGACAGCUCGCCGCCCCGGCCUUCCCGCCGCAGCAGACACCGGCACCGGUGGUGUAUGCGGCCUACAGCCCGGCGGCCUAUCAGAAGCCCUCUGUUGACAAUGUUUAG